UGUCCACACAGCAGAAGAAGUCAUGUCACGACUAUUGGGUGAAAUAAGACGCAGCAAUAAAACAGCCGCGGACGUGUUGGAAAAGGCAGAUCUACGCACAGACUCGGAAAUCCAGUCACUGACUCGUGAAGAACUGCGUGACCUGUUUCCCGAACAUAAGCAUUUCAAACUGAGAAGGACCAUCUAUGACAUAAUACAUAAACAGAAGCCAAUUGGUGUGAUCCUAAGCGAACUGAAAGAGUUCAUCCCACGUGAAUCUUUUAGGACUGCGCUAACCAACAACGGAGUCUUGGUUGAUUACCUCUGUAUCCUGAAGGACAUUAAGACCCAAAUAAAUAAUGUCCAGAGUUUCCUUGAUGCUCACCUUGCUGUUCUAGAAGAAUUCAGCAAAAAUCCGCCAGAUCAGGAGACAGUCUCCUGUAAUCCAGUGAAGCUCCCCAAUGGCCAACCUGAUGGCCGUUCACAAGGAGCACUAGGUACAGGUACCUCGGACACCAGUGGUCAAAUGAUGCUUCAUACUGGCCCAACUGGUGGCUAUCCACAGGGACCACAACGGUCUUUUGCAGGUCCUAAUACUUCAGACACCUUUGGCCCAGCGGAGCGUUACAAUAGCCCAACUGAUGUCAGUCCACAAGGAAGACAAGUCACAUUGGAGUACAAGAUGAUUGUCAGCGGUAAAACCUUUAAUGCACAUCAACAGCUGAUGGAGAAAGUCCAGGAGCAGGUUCAGGAUCAGGUUCGGCUCAUUGAAAGCAGUCAGGAUUACAAGAUCACUUUUGUCUUCUGCCCGAUCUGUUCACGCGUUGCAUCAGAUGUUGAGGCAGCCAUGACUGAUGUUAAAGAUGAUAAACCCGUCAUUCUGGUGUUGAUGCACCACACACGGGAGAGCAAGUACACGACACCUAUGAGAACAUGGUCCGCCUACGCUAACGUUGUGUUGCAUGUCAACGUUUUCUACCAUGAGACAACGCAUGGAUUACUGAAGAAUCAACAAAAUGAUGCUGCUGUUACCCAGAUGCAAAACAAAUUACUGGAACAUUUCCUUCCACAAGGGGAAUAUUCCAGUGGAAAUGCUCAGGGUGUGGGUGCUAAUCGUGGUGGUAGUACUUCUGGUAGAGUUGGGGGUAACAACAGGCCUUCUGAAGCUUAUAGUAAUAACAGUGUUUUAAGUAGGUUUUGGGGAUGGAGUGGCCAUGACAAGUAAAACAAUAUUUAAUGGAGUUCAUAAAUGGUAAAAAAUAAAACAACAAAAAAAUAUGGAUUUAGACAAUUUACUGUUUGCAGAAAACAUUUUCUCCUCCUUGGUAAAAUAAGAUCAGCUACUGAGUGUGGUCUAAUGGUGUCAUGUAUUCCUGUUAAUCAUGGGUGUGAAUACUGUAGCUAAACACAAAGUUCUCUGUCCAUUUCCUGCUAUUGUGUUUCUAAGGCCACAUCAUGGAACUUGUGUUUUUUUAUGUAAAAAAUCAACACUUAAAAAAACUUUGAUUUAUUUAAAAUAAGAGUCAAAAUUUAUAUUGUAGAUCAAAGAAAAGAAAAAGGUUGACUUGAGCAUUUGGCCUGUUGUUAACCAUCAUACUUUAUGGGGAGUUUUAGUUUAAAGUAAGUUAAAAUGUAACCUUAUGAUGAAACAGAAUUUCUACAAUCAAAUGUCCAGUGUUCAGUUCUCCAGCUGCGGCUGUUGUUUGUGGAUAUUAGUAAGACAUGAAUGUACGUUACGUGAUGAAAGAGUGCAAAUGCCACAAAGUAGGUUACUUACAAAUUAUCUUUGUGUGUUGAUCUACUGUAGAACCGAUAUUAAACAAUUUAUGUAAAAAGAAAG